AUGGUAGCCAGCUCGUGCCGACAGCUGUUGCCGCAGAAGAGGCACUUGCGCUGCCGACAGGCCGUGGCAGUGAUUGCGGCGCAACGCAAAUUUAUUGUCAUAGGGUGGGCUAAUGCCCCCUUUGCGGCUCUACUCUCAGCUCUUAUCUUAAGGUAUAAAUAUUUUCCGAGAGGCGGCGUGAAUGCCUUAAUUCAUCACGCCUUGAGUAAUUGCCCGUGA